GGAAAAGGCUGAGCUAGUUUCACUGCAGCUCCCAAGCACCCAUCUGUGCUGUCAUUAUGGAGGCUAAGCAGUAUCCCAUAAGCAUCCAUCUAGUUGGAGUACUGCAGAAGGAAAAGACCAAAUUUUACAAGACUUCUGUGCUUUGGUCCGACGAGAGCAGUGUUGUGAUUUACAGACGUUUUCGAGAAUUCAUGAAAAUGCACAAACAACUGAAGAAAGCAUUCCCACCUGCAAACAAGCUGAGAAAAUCUGACAGAAUUGUCCCCAGAUUUCGAGAGGGGAGGGUGAAGCAAGAAAUUCGAGGGAAAGCCCCAACCAAGUCACUGGUGCGCCUGAAAUAUUUGCAGAAAUAUUGCAAUGCAGUCCUGUCCUGUGACCAGCGAGUGUCUCAGUCUGCGGAGCUCAUCCAGUUCUUGAACCCUAAAGAGCAGGACCUGCAGCCAGACUUUGCCAAAAACGGCAUCAUCAUCAUGCCCCCGGAGGAUGAACUCAGAAGCGAAGGACUUCACGCAAACGCCGGUGAAGUGACCCAGCCGUUUAUCACAGAAGCGUACACGUGUGUCGCCCCGUAUGAGACCAAAGACUUCAAGAACAAACCUUUGAAAGUGGCCAUGGGUGACAAACUCGAUGUGGUCAUCAAAGACAAAGGAGGAUGGUGGCUGGUGGAGACUGAAGACAGGCGGAUGGCCUGGUUUCCUGCACCCUAUCUGGAGAGGACAAAUGAUGAUAAUGAAGAUCAUGAGGAGAUUCCUGAAAAAGGAGCACUCUACACUGUAGUCAAGAGCUACAAGGCCACCAAAACUGACGAGGUGACCGUAACCAUAGGUGCUGUGGUGGAAGUCCUGCAGAAGUCUGAAAAUGGCUGGUGGCUCGUCAGAUCCAGUGGAAAAAUGGGUUACAUUCCCACCAUGAUACUGCAGCCCCACCGCUACCCUCAUAUUCAUAACGCUUCCCAUCACCUGGAUCAGCGCCGCCACACUUCCCUUCUCGUUCCAUCCUCGAAUCUGGAACAGCAUUCCCAACUGAGCCUCUCCCAAGGAAGCCUGCUGCAACAUCCCCCCAUAAGGUCUUCGUCACCUCUCCUGAUCUUGCCGGAGAGUAGGCAGAGGUCUGUGUCUCUUGAGGUUUUGUCUGAACAGCCUCAUGCACAGCCUGCUGCAAACAGUACCAGUGCUGCUACCGAUAUCUCCACUUCACCCACCUCUCCCUCUCACCCUCCUCCGCCCAUAAUCACGGUGAAGAUGGAUGGAGAGGACGAACAACGCGUCCUCUCCAGGAGUCAGACAGAGGAUAGUGAGGAUAGCUUUAUGAGCGACAGCACCGACUUUAGCUUCAGUGACGACUCCAGCUUUAACUCGGCCCUGAACCUGUGCCCCACUGCCAAUGAUGAAUGGCUGCGUCUCAGCCGCACGCCUCCACCGGGGAUGAGCAACACCCUCAGCCCAACGAGCGGCUCAGGGGGGAGGCUGAUCUCGAGUGUCUCUGAUCCCACGCUCUACAAAUCACCCAAAAAACCAAAGGUGCCACCCAGACCGGGCGCCCAGGAGAUCCUCUCCCGGUGUACUUCUGUCACCCGCAAGAAUGCAGCAAAAGGUGCUCUGUCACCCACACAAGCUGAGAUCAUCAGCCGAUAAAGUUCCUGUUUGAAAAAUAAAGCUUUAUUUUUGUUACUGUUGGAGUUAUAAAAGUACAGAACAACUGUUCUUUUGUUUUAGAUGAUUAGAUGAAUAUGUGAUAGCUCCUGUAUCAUCACCACUUUGACCAAUCGAUCAUUUAAAAUGCCUUGUUUUAUUUUCCAUACUGGAAGCCUUGUGUUGUGCCUUAUAUGCAUAUAGUCUGUGUAGAUUCCACAAACGAUGGCUCAUCUGCUCAUUUUGA